AGUGCGCUCUGGGCGAUCAUAAAUUCAAAGCGCUGUCACUAGACGCUUUGGCCAAGGAGUAGGGUUGAUCCCAUCAUUCUGACCUCACAACUGCAGUCAAGCACCCAAGCUAACUGGCUAACGUUGGCUAGCUAACGUACUUCCUGACACAAAUGAGAGAACACCUCAGUGUCACCAUUUUACUCAGCCUGUCAGAGCUGGUUAGGCUGUUUUCAUGUUAUCCAGAGCGUUGGUGACUGUAACUGUACUGCUGGCAUCACUUUCAUUACGCAUUUCAUUACGCCAACGUUUACUGACACCGGCCUUAUUCAACGGGUGUUGAGCGUUCGUAAAGUCAUCAGUUAUUCUGCGCUCUGGCACACUCAGACAAGAGUGCUCUGAAAUCGGAGAAGAUAGCCACCCAUACUAUGUAUCAAUCAUGCUCCUCACUUUCUGAGCCAUUGCCUGUAUUAUACGUGCAGCUCUGUGCACGUGGAUUGGAGUUACUAUGGUAACAACAUCAAGUAGCUAACGUUAGUUUUAAAAAAUGUUAUUAUGAACACAACAAAUACAAAAAAAAACAGAAAUAUACAAACAAGAGUACAUAAACCUAAACAUUAAAUAAUGUAAUGAAACAGCAGGGAGCAGGGAACACUGUAAGUAUGAGUUUUGAUAGCUAAUGUCAGUUGGCAGAGAGUCUAUGUUGCGUCCUGAGAUAGCUACGUUACAGUAACGGCUCGCAGAACGUCUUAGUAGCCAACUACCUAGUUUCUUCUUCUCUGCAUUUAUCUAGCUACAGUAGCUAUAUAUCUAAUAACAAAAAGUGCAAACAAAAGAAAAGUGAAUAGCUAUCUAUUGUUGUCUAGCUCUAUUGUUGUCGAGCUCCUCCAACCAAAACUCACCUUCCAUUGAACGUGUUGGCACCACUGUUUAGGUGACAGAUGGGGGCGCUAUAAUCUUGCUUUGUUGAGAUCAUGUCAAGUAUGUCCUGUGAUUAUGCAAAUUAAUAAAAGCAUAUAUCAGUCUACGUAAAUUGAAAUGAUGCAUAUGGAAGCAGUACUAACACUAAACAGAAACGGAGUGUCUGAUCCGACUAUUCAAUGGACACCUGGGGGAUCAGAGUGACAGGAUGAUAGGGAAUGGCCUGGACAGUGGGAAAUUCAGGAAUAUUCCCCACAACACCUUUGGAAUGACUGAUCAUAUAAUCAUGGAUAGAGGUAGGUGUGUCUCUUUUGUCACAUGAAACAGAAUGUAAGCACCAAAUAAAGUAUGAUACUGAUACGGUAAGGUAUCACAAAAAAAUUGGUAUUAUAUUCCAGUCUUUUGCGCAUUUGACAAGGACAACGACAGCUACGUCAGUGUGAAAGAGUGGACCGAGGGACUAUCAGUCUUUCUCCAUGGGACAUAGGAUGAAAAAAAUUAAGUUUAAGAAAGCUAUAAAGUGUAUCAUGUAGGCUUUUCGACUGCUAUCUACGAUAUUUCUACCCAUGUAUGGUCCCCCAUUUGGUUUUCACAGCUUUGAUGUGUAUGACUUGGGUACAUUUCCCGGGAAGAGACGUUCCACAUGCUGAAGAACAGCCUGAUCAGACAGCCCACAGAGGAGGACCCAGACGAGGGCAUCAAAGACCUGGUGGUGAUCACACUCAAGAAGAUGGAUCAUGACAGCAGACUAUCCUAUGCAGACUUUGAAAAGGCAGUUAGAGAUGAAAAUCUAUUGCUUGAGGCUUUUGGAACCUGCCUUCAUGAUGCCAAGAGCAUAUUGGCAUUUGAGCAGCAUGCAUUCCAGUAUCCACUUGAGCGCUAAAGGACAUCACUAAGUUAUUCAUAACACCAUUUUUUAUUUUUUUUAUAAACAA